UUUUUUUUUUCUUUUUCUUUUCUUUUUCUUUUUCUUUUUCUUUUUUUUUUUUCUCUUUUUAUUUUUUCUUUCUCCUUUAUUUAUUUAUUUAUUUUAUACGUAAUAUCCAACUUUUUUUUUUUCUUCUCAGAUAUAUUAUUCUAUAUAAACUAUUCUAUUAUUUGGCCCCUAGUUUUCUCUCUUUCUCUCUCUCUCUCAUGUUACAGCAUGUUCAUCGUUUAUGCUAUCAUAUUCGUCCAAAGACGCCUUUUUUACGUCAUCAACUAACAAAAAUAUUUUCAAUACAACAACAAAGAUAUUAUUAUUCUGCUGCUGCUAUAUCUCAACAACAAGAAAAAUCAAGAUCUAAUCUCAAUAUUAUUGACUUUUUUGAUCCUGACCUUAUUACAACUACUCCUCAUAAUUAUACCUUGAAAUGUGGUGUUUCUGGUUAUGCAAAAGCUGGUAAAGUCGUGGAUAUUCCUUUAGACGAAGGUAUCUAUACUAGUGUUCAAGUUGGUGACGAUGCUUAUUUUGUACGAACUGAUAGUCUUGGUGUCAGUGAUGGUGUUGGAGGUUGGCGAUCUCAUUCUGGUGCAAACCCAGCUCUUUAUUCACGAAAAUUGAUGCAUUACGCCCAAUUGGAAUUAGAUCGGAUCAAAACUAAUGUUCGUCCUCAUCAUAUUCCUCAACAAGUGCCUAAUCCUGUUGAAAUUUUGGAAAAUGCUUAUCAUCUUACCACUUUGGAUGCUCAAAAUGAAGGAAUCGUAGGAUCAACCACUGCUUGUAUUGUUGUACUUUUUCAAGAUGAAUUACGAGUAGCUAAUUUGGGUGAUUGUGGGAUAUCGGUCAUACGACGGAACAAUUAUAUCUUUCGAUCAGAAGAACAACAACAUUCGUUUAACUUCCCAUACCAAUUAGGAACGGCGUCAUUUGAUUCCCCGAUGGAUGCACAGCAAUUUACUAUCAAAGUAGAAGAAGGGGAUAUUUUGAUUUUGGCUUCAGAUGGAUUAUUCGAUAAUCUAUAUGACGAUGAAAUAAUGGAAGAAGUACAAAAUUGUAUAGAACAAGGAAAUGAACAAAAAAAAGGAUCAACCGAAGAACAAUCAACAACAAUAAUACCAAUUCAAGAAAUAUCAGAUGCACUUGCUUUUAGAGCCAAAAUAGUCAGUGAAGAUCCCGACAAUCCUACCUCACCCUUUCAAGUGAGAGCUAUGCACGAAGGUUUAUAUUACCAGGGUGGGAAAGCUGAUGAUAUUAGUGUGGUGGUGGCUGUUAUCAACCGUGACGAAAAACCUGGUCCUUCACCUCCCCCUUUGCCAUGAACUUGGAUAAAUCCUUUUUAUUCGCCACUUUUCCUUCUCCUUCUCAUACAUCCCAUCUUCAUCUCCUACUUACUCCUCUUACUGUUCUUCUCGAUAAUCAUUCUUUUAUAUACCCCGUCUCUCUUUUAUUCACCCCCUUUUCAUCAUCCUCAUCAUCAUUUUAUUAUUUUUAUUAUCAUGUCCUUUUUAUUAUUAUUAUUUUUAUUAUUAUUGUCAAUACUACUGUAUAUAGUUAUUUUUCUUUUUUAUUUCUUUCCUUUCCCAUCUGUACUACACAUCGUUUAUAGUCC